AUGAGGUACUCUUUGCUAACAGCCGCCAUCACCAGCGUGGGCUUGGCAAACGCUCAUACUAUAUUUCUUCAGAUUGAGGCUGACGGGACAACGACCCCGGUCUCAUACGGCAUCAGAACCCCAUCCUACGAUGGGCCUAUCACGGAUGUAACUUCUAACGACGUGGCGUGCAAUGGCGGCCCUAACCCAACAACGCCUUCUGACAAGAUCAUCAACGUGAAAGCAGGGUCUACUGUCAACGCUAUUUGGAGGCACACCCUGACGUCGGGUCCGGGCGACGUUAUGGAUGCUAGUCACUUAGGGCCUACUCUGGCCUAUCUCAAGAAAGUUGACGAUGCGACGACAGAUAAGGGAUACGGCAAUGGCUGGUUCAAGAUCCAAGAAGAUGGCUACAACAACGGGGUAUGGGGCACCUCGAAAGUCAUCAACAACCAGGGAAAGCAUCCAAUCACGAUUCCCAACUGCCUUCCAGACGGUCAGUACCUCCUUCGCGCCGAGAUGAUCGCGCUGCACGGCGCCGGUUCUAACCAGGGCGCUCAGCUCUAUAUGGAAUGUGCGCAGAUUAAUAUCUCGGGAGGCUCAGCAUCCAAGACACCCACAGUCUACAGCCUCCCUGGUAUCUACAAGCAAAACGACCCCGGCAUCCUCAUUAACAUCUACUCCAUGAACAAGGAUAGCAAGUAUACCAUUCCAGGGCCGGCACUAUUUACCUGCUAGUACUUAGACAACUUCACUGGGGGGAAUCUCAAAUGUAUGACGCAUAUGUCAUCACGCAGACAGUUUUCAAUACGUGUAUGCGUAUAUUAUCUAGCAUGUGGAAGAGCUCGUAAACAAGAUAAAUCAAUUCAGUCAAAUCAUAAUCUCAACUAGUCUAUCGAUCCGCGAUCCAGUCUGUCCUUCCUUGCCCCUGAUUCACAAAGCCCGAACCCCCCACCCCUUUUUGAGCUUUGGGCUACCCAUCCGGGCUACGCAACAACGAAC